AUGCAGGCGCGUCGGUUUUGUCUAGCCUUAGACAGAGGCCACCGCUUGAUUCAAUGGCCAACGCGGUCUUUUGGGCGAUCGUAUCAAGACAUCAUCUCUGAGACCUUUGGCCUUGACAGUGAGCGGCUUACUGUCCAGGCUGCUCAGCCCCCUGCCGAGGAUGUUGCCCUUGAUGGAUAUCCCUGCGUCACUGUUGCUGCGGUCUCCGACGACAUCAGCCAAAUACCGAUACCGCCAGGCAGGUGGAUCCCUCCUCGUGAUACUGUUAUUGUUGAUGCGAGGCCCCUGCUCAUGGGCUUCCUGUUGGAGCACUCUGUCCAAGGCCGCAUCAACCACUCCGACCUUCUUGACCACCUUUCUGUCUUUGUCCCUGAGGGGUACCAAGUACAGAUUGAUGGGGCCCCAAUUGACGAUGUUGGCGAGUUUUUGCACGUUCGCCCGGGACAUGUCCUUGUAGCGACGUACGUACCACUUUCCAACAGUGAAGUUCCUUCCGCUGCUACAAGUGACAGCUCAGACAGCUCAGACAACGACACCGACGAUCAAGGAGACAUUCCAGGGCCAGGGGAUCGAAGAGGCAAUGAUACUGCUACUGCCUCUGAUGACAGCAGUUCCCAGAGGUCCCGCAGCCGCACACCUCCACGUGCUAAUCUCCCACAGACCCACUUCUCUCUGGCAUCAAGGCAGAUAGAUGUCAUAGCAGCUUGCCCGGUUGCACGACAACUUGUUUUCGAGUCGCCGACAAGCAUACCUGCUGCUCCGGAUACUCAGCUUGAUAAGACUCUGUCCUGCCUGGACAAGCUCUUGACCGAGCCAGUAUGCACCACUACAGCAGAGAGGGACAGGAUCGGUGCCCUUCGGCGCACAGCUGCCAGGACAGCAUGGGCCUCUUUUGCAAUUCUUAUGCCAGCCUACAGCCCGGAGCUUGUCACUGUUGCUCUUGCCUUUCCCACUGUUUUUGCAGAUGCCAAGCGAGCUGUGCAAGAUGCCAGGACACCUGAGUCCGUUAUCAGCUUUCCUGACUUGCGUCCGGUCGCACCACAGCUUUUUGUUGAUCUCGCUGUAUGUAUCGCCGUCCCAGAAUGGCAGCACCGUGGCCCAUUUCUGUGCCUCGACCUUUUGGAGGUUGAUGGCAGGCUCUUUACAGUACCAGCCCCGCAAUACCUCAGUCUCCAAGAUCUUCUUGUGUUAGCAGAUCUUCCCGCCGACCCGGCCGUCGAUGUCUUUGUUGGCACCGAGGCACUGCCCUUGCAGCCUGGGGUCCACAUUCAUGUUGUUACUGGACAGGCCAUUAGUUACUUACCCACGGGAUCACAACCCAUGCACAAUCUCAGCAUCCACGAAAUGCUGCAAGAUCACAGGCCGUGGUCGCCUGACGCUAUCCUUCCGGAAAGAAGACAAGCCGGCUCUUACUGCCUAGUGCACGAAGACAGCCAUUUUCUUAUUGCGGACAGCCCGGGCAGUCAGGUUCCUCUUCGGACUAGGGUUAGUGCUGCGACUAGUAUUCGGUCUGACUUGCUGGUACUUGCCCCGGCCACACCACGCAUCUCGAAUGUUGAGCUCACCGGGUUUCAGUGUCACUCUGUCAUUGCUGCAAGCAUCAGGUCCGCUCACGCACCAGGAGAUGCUUUGGUCAUUGUCGACUGCCGACCUUUGCUCGCAGGCUGGCGCGCAAUCGUUGUCACUGCUUCGAGGCUGGAUGUCUAUGGCCUUGUUGAUCAGAUCUCUGACACGGUUGACCUCAAUGGUACGGUUUCCUUCCUGGAGGUCCCAUUUGGUGUCAAUAUCUUUCAGGUCACGAAUGGUCAAGUCUUGACAGCGGUUCUCACACCGAACCAGCGCGCAGCAACUGACCACACACAUGCCAGUGGGACCGGUGCACCCACAGAGGACUCAGCGCCCUCCGGGGCGCCCAUGCAAGGCGACCAUCCUGCAGGUUCUGCCUCUGGUAAUGCCGACCAGCUCGUUGAGCCUAGUCGCGCUCCCGGACCGGGCGCUCGACAACAACACCCGGACGGCCAAGAAGAAGCGGUGUUUCUGGUUUUGACCCCAGAAUACCUCCCCGAAUGCAUCAGGCUUCGCCUCACGCCAGGGGUGUCCCCAGUCGCUGCCCUCCACGCGGUUGCUGCUGAGCGCAGCCCAGUCGCCGCGCGCCGGUUUCAAUUUUUGCAUCAGGUACCCUGGCAGCCUGCCAGCGCUUUUGCCGUUAUCCUCGCUGUGCCCACCUGGAGUCAGCACAGAGUGUUUGUCUGCUUCGACUGCCGCCAGCUGGAUCGGCGACUCUUUUGCUUGGAUGUUCCCGCCAGGCUUACACGCCGAGACAUUCUCAGACUCGCGUUGCUGCCAGACGACGCUGACGUCGUCGUCUAUGCUGCAGACAUGCCAUGGCCCCUCCUGCCAGGGCAACAGGUCGACGUCGAUACAGGAGCUCUCAUCCAAAUCAUGACUGCCGACCACCCCCACUUCACUGUCGUUCCCUUUGCGGACUGGCUCUAUGACAGUUCAGGGUGGAAUCCUCGUGCAGCUCUCCCGGGAGACUUCAAGGACUACACCUGGGUUCUGUCGGAUACAGGACAGUUUACAUUUCUGGUACGGCGAGGCCGUCGCCAUGUCAUCCAAGCAGACUUGGCCAACUACCUUACUGUUGAUGCCGUCGACCUCUUUGUUAAAGGUGCCACUCCUGGGGUCUUAGACCAUAUGUAUCGAGGAAGGUACACGAAGGGCAUUCUCGUUGCCACCAUUGUGCCUGUAGGUGGUCAGCGUCGAACCACCAGGCCGCCCAUUUGCUUCCUUGAUCUCCGGCCACUUUUGCUUGGGUUCUCUUGGAGGUAUGCACCACAGGGUGUUCUCGCCCACAGGCCACUUCUUGCGCAACUGUUGCCACGCUGCCCUCCUGCUUACGUCAUUGGAUACGCACAGAAUGGCGCAGCGCCUAGACCCUUGAAUGCGGACGUUCAUGUUGCAGAUGGUACGAUUGUCACCAUUGAGGCUAUUCCCCGUGCCCUCUUGCGCAGUGGAUCCUCAGAGGUACCACCGGGGCAGCCACCACAGCCGCCCACACCACCACCGGACACACCUGGCCCAGACUCUCCAGCUGCUGGAGACAAUGACUUUUCUGUUGAUGCUGGCACGGGAGGUUCGCAAACUGCCGCUGCCGGGUCUGCUGCCCCCUGUGCAGGACAGGCGCACAAUGUUCUUGACGUUGUCCAUGGUGUCCCUCAAGUUGCCCCGUCAGACUACCUUGCCAGCAGUCGAGUAGUCAAGUGGGCCCCAAGGUUCCCUACUGUUGGCCUUUCGUCGUGCCACCUUGGGCUCACCUCUGUCCUCCUGCUUGCUGCAGUAGCCUGCUGGAGCCGCCUCCUUGCUUACUGCCCCAGUUUUGGUCUAGUGAUAGUCAUUGCUGCACUUAAGGAUGCGAGAUCAGGUUGUCUUCCGUCACGUACAACUGUCAGCUUGAUUCUUCUCGCAGGCCUCCCGCAGGUUGUCAUUGCGACCGGUGCACGUGAGCCCUCAGCCCUCAGUGGUGAAUUGACUUGUUGUUCUGCUAGGUUGUUGCCCACCCCUUGCCGUACGACUUGUCAACCUCCAGCGAAUUUUUGGAUCGGAUCUGACAGCUCCGACGAUUCUGGAGAGGGUGAGGACUUUGCUGAGAGAGAAGUCGGACUUUGCCCAGAGCUUGUCAUUGCUGCCCAGUGGCCAGGACUUACUCUCUUGCAAGAGGCACUGCAGAAACCCGGUUGUCCAGCCUUUUUCCUGGCCAGCACUUUGCUUGAAGCGCUGCAAGAGCACCAAGCCGAAAUACAGAAUUUCGCUUCAGCCUACGGACCACAGCAGAUCUCGCUCGUCGAAAGUGUGCCUACCACUCCUCAUCAAGUUGCUGUACUUUCUCUUACAGAACUGCUGCCAGCAACAAGGUGCCCAGAUCCGCUAGCUUCCGGUCAGGAUUGGCUUGAUGUUGAUCUUCGAUCAUUGCUUGCGGACCAGCACGUGCCAGCUCACUUGCGGGCCAGAUUUGCCCAAUUUCCGACUUGGCAUGCACAUGGCCGUCCUAGUCCUGACGAGGUCCACAUUUUCUCAGAUGGAUCUGCAAGUGGACAGCAGCAGGCAAGCGACGUCAGGCCAUGCUCUUGGGCAAUAUCUGUGUGGGCUCGAUGUUCGCAAGCCACCCUCUUGAUUGGUUUUGCAGCUGCACAGGCUGUGCCCUGCAACACACCCUAUCAUCUUCUUGAAGAAGAUGACACAGCACUUACAGGGGAAUUCCUAGGUUUAGCCUGGGGUUUAGUGUGGCUGGUUGAACACGGCACACAUGUUUGUCGGCAAGCGCGCUUCUUUUAUGACGCCACCGGAGCAGGACAAGGCGUUUUCGGCGCAGCUGCUUUACCCGCCGCUGGGCCGUGUGCUAGGCUCGCGAAAUUUUGCGCUUGCCUUCGACAGUAUGCCCAGACUCUUGUCGAACUAACACACGAGCAUGUCGCUGGACACAGCGGUCAGAUCCAGAACGAGUUUGUCGAUCAGCUUGCGAAGCAAGCCCGGCGAUCUGAGGCCCACCGCCUCCAAGCGCUAGGGAAGGACAUUUCACAAGCGCCCAUGCUUGGCAUCCGCCAAACCAAGCUCGCAGCCGGCAUUGUUGCUUUCAACCUUAGCGCGGUUUCCCUUAAUGUCCUUACACUUAAGGAUCCUGGGCCCCGCAAGACCGACCACCAACCUGCCGGACUUCGGAUGCUGGGUCGCAAAGGCCUCGUCAAACAGGCGAUGCAAGCCAAUGCGGCCUUGUUCAUUGGUCUCCAGGAGACGAGGCUGCCACUCAAUGGCUGCCAGUCUGAUGCAGAUUAUCAUAUCCUGCAAGCUGCGGCCACCGAAGCAGGUGUCGGUGGCUGUGCGCUGUGGAUUGCCCGAAAUAUUCCUUAUGCUUCCUGCGAUACACAAGAUCUUUUCAUUGAGGACCGGCAUUUGACAGUUACUGCUCACAGCCAUCGCCAUUUGGUUGUCACUGUCUCAGCACCAAGGCUCCUCUUGCAGGUUAGUGUCAUCCAUGCGCCCUCUCUGGCACAUACCCCUUGGGAACAGGUUGAGGAAUUCUGGCGAGCCAGAAUCAGCGAAAUCCGCGGCCGUCCAGAAGGAGCAGAAUUACUGCUUCUUACUGACGCUAAUGCUCGCGUCGGAGCUGUCUUGUCUGAACACGUAGGAGAUCAUGCAUGGGAACCCGAGAAUGAGAGCGGGGUUCUCUUUCAUGACUUCCUUGCUAGUGUGCAGGGUUUCCUGCCUUCCACCAUUGCCAACUUUCACCAGGGUCCUUCUGGCACAUGGUGUACCCCACAAGGGGAAUGGCACCGGUUGGACUACGUUGUCCUGCCAUGCCAAUGGCGCGAUGCUGAUAUCAGCUCACGUGUUCUGGUUGAAGUCGAGCUCAUGCAGAAACGAGAGGACCACCUCCCUGUGUGGGUUCGUUGCAGCUUUGGCAAGACCCUGCCUGCCCUCCAGUAUUUCGACAACCGUCGACAGGUGUCCCGGCCCAGCCUUGCCCACAAGGAGUCGCCCACAGCAGCUGCCAUGUUUCGGCAACUACCUGCUACUGCAUGGCAAGUACCUGUUGACUGUCACUACCACACUCUUGUACACGGCUGGCAUGUCGCCUCCACAGGCUUAGGCGACCCUCAGGAUGCUGCACCACAGCAGGCUUACCUAUCCGAGGCCACCCUAGCCAUUGUGCGAGUUCGACAGGCGCUCCGCCGCUAUUUGUCACAGGAGGCGCAGGAAACACGCCGACGUCUUCAGAUGAUUGGCUUUGCUGCAUUCGUCUCUCUGUGGCGGGGUUCCCCGUUAUCACCAUCCGCCGUUGCCCGGGCCGACUUUUGGCUACGAGCUAUGGAUGUGAAGCAUCUGCUGCUGCCCUUCUUCGCUGGUAUGGCCGACAAUUGCGUCGACCUUCGAUCACCGAAGGAUCUCUACAAGGCGAUCCGUAGAGCAUUUCCCGCAGCACGAGCUGCCAGACGGAGCGGGAUCGUCCCGCUUCCCGCCCUAGUUCUCGCGGAUGGCACCAUGGCUGCUACUGCAGAGGACAGGGCAUUCGGCUGGCGCACGCACUUUUCGGCCCAAGAAGCAGGGGAGGAAGUGACGACUGCCGAUUAUGUUCACAAAGCCAGAGGACAGGCAGAUGCUACCCGACCUUCCCAGGCAGUUUUCUCUGUGACAGCUCUGCCGACCUGGUUCCAGGUCGAACAAGUUGUGCUUCGCCUCAAAAAUGGAAAAGCUGCUGGACCGGACGGCAUUACGUCUGAGGUAUUGCGAACUUGUACAACCGUUACCACACGGCAGCUGAUGCCAGUGAUCUUAAAGACGGCUCUUCGGUUACAGGAACCAGUUGUUUGGCGAGGAGGAAACUUGAUGGUUCUGGCAAAAAAAGCCUGUGCCAAACUCACCUGUGAAAACUAUAGGUCUAUCCGUGUGUCGUGCGUACCGGCAAAAGUAUAUCACAGGUGUCUCCGGGCAGGCCUUAAGCCACACCUUCUCUCUACCCAACCCACCAUGCAAUUUGGAGUUCGCGAUGGAGUCGGCAUUGAGACUCCCGCACUUGCUAUCCGCAGCUUUGCAGCUUUGCUUGAUGGCCUUCGGCUUCCGUGGGCAGUCCUUUUCGUUGACUUGGCCGCUGCCUUCUAUACGGUAGUUAGACAGAGUUUAGUGCCCAACCCGGACACUGACCAGGGCUUUCUCUCUUUGUUGCACACCUUGCAACUGCCCCCGGAAGCUGUAGAAGAGUUGUACGCACACCUUCUUGCUGCCUCCGAGUUGCCACUUCAAGGUGUUGGCGCUCAUCAGGUUGAGCUUGUCAGGGACUUGUUUGUAGGCAGUUGGUUUAGGCUCAGUACCCAUUCUGCCCUCAUUCUGACCCAUCGGGGCAGCCGCCCAGGUGACCCACUUGCUGACUUGCUGUUUGCUUUUACCCUGGCAGCCUACCUACGCAAAGUGAAUCAGCUCCUGUCAGACGCAGGGCUCAUGCACCCCAUCCCAACCCCAGGUCGCAGGCCAGACUGGUUUGUUGGCCCGGAUUCCGUCAACAUCGGCAACCCUGCAUGGGCCGAUGAUUUUACUUGGCCCAUCACUGCACCGUCCUCCGAUGCACUCGUCGAGACUGCCCAAGCAGGCACCUCCAUCCUUCUCACCCAUGCCUCCAGUAUUGGCAUGUGUUUGAAAUUUGGCCCUGACAAAACCGCCCUCCUCCUUCCAGAGACAGUCAAGCGUGCAUCCGCACGGCUCCUCAGUCCUGACGGAGAGGGUGGAUGGUGUCUCCACGUUAGAGACCAGUGUACCGGAGUUACCUGCCACUUGCCACUUGUCAGUGUCUACAAGCACCUUGGGGGCGUGAUUGCCUCCAAUUCUUCGCCCCUGCCAGAUCUUUACCAUCGUUUCUCGCGAGCCGAAGGUACUGCACGUCCUCUUCGUCAAGCUUUCUUUGGCUCCAAGCAGUUCACGCUGACAGUGCGCAAGGCGCUACUUGGCGCACUAGUCAUCUCCAAGUACACACAUACCGGUGCAGCGCUUAUCAUACACGCCGCCUACCAUAUGCGAGUGUGGGAGCGACAGUAUGUGCGGCUUUGGAGAAAUCUCUUUCGCCGCACAGCGCCCGAACAACAAGAGCACUCCCUUGCCGUCCUGUAUCGAGCGUCCGCGGUUGCGCCACCGCUUGCGUUGGCCAAAUCGCGUGCGUUGUUCCUUUCCAAACUCUUUUCUCGAGGCCCCCUGGACUUGGCCGCACUUUUGGUUGACCACUUCCUGCUUCAUCCAGCUUCCUCCUGGCUAGAUCAGUUGCGAGCAGAUGUAGCUUAUGCUGCCAUCUUUUUGCCUGACAUCAGGAAUGUUCUAGCCGUUGGCAGGGAAGUCGAAGGACUCGUUGAAGCUUCCAGAGACAACCCCCAGUGGUGGCCUCAAACCCUCCGACGGGUUGAAAAGCUGUUUCUUCAGGACCUGCAGGCUUGGCAUACAGGACAUAUUGCCUCCGGUGAUGCUUCUAGUGUGCCUGCACCUCCCCUCCCGACCGCGGACAGGGCUUAUCCCUGCUGGCUGUGCAACAAGGCCUUUGUCCUCAGGAAGCACUUGCAUCUUCAUCUUGCGAAGUCACAUGGUUGGCUGAGUCCAGCUCGGCACUUCGCUGUCUCUGAAGUUUGCAGUGCUUGUGGCAAAUACUUUGGAGACGUCGCUCAAGUCCAGCAGCACCUCAAAUCAUCUAGUCGCUGCCUUCUACGGUGCUGUUAUCUGCAUCCUCCUCUAUCCAAAGAACAAAUUGCCCAGGUCGAAGCACCGACCAAGAAGCGUGCCAAAACCGUCAAAGCCGGUUGCUGGCGAGCUUUUACACCGCGUGCACACCCUGCGCCAGCUCCUCUCACUUUUGGCCCUCUCUGGCCAACCGCCCUUGAGCGCUGCUCGGGCAUCGUCCACGACGAGCAACAAUCUCUCUCCUCUCUUGUGCGUCCCUACACUCCUCCAGCAUCCACGGUCACCUGGAUUGAGGCGUAUAUAGCGGGCAAAUCACAGGAGGGGCCCAGGACUACGGCGGUACGUUACUGGCAGCGUAAGCCUACGUCCUUUCUUUGA